AUGACCCUUCGCGAGCAGCUCCAAAAACUCGUCUCGCAGAAACUCGCCGCAAAGGGUGAGCUUGACCAUGCCGGGCUUUUGGCUUUGGAGACGCUCAGCAAGAUGGCACCGGAGGGCGAAGUGGAUCCAGUUGGCGGAUCAUCUGCUGGUGGUAGUAGUAGUGUUGGUGGUGUUGUUGACUCUCGUCCCCGGAGAAUCCUCCCGCCUGGCAUCGAGAAAUUGACGAAAUUCAGCGGCAAGGAUCCCGGUGCUGUGUCCGACGUGCUCAACAGAUUCCACUCACUUGUCGUCGCGGCACUGCCUGGCAGCUCGCCUGGCACAGUGAAUAAGGCUCUGAACCGAGAUGUCGUGUUUGUCUUGGAGGGUGCAGCCCUGAAGUUCUUCAAAUCGCUGAAAGCAGGACAGAUGGAGUGGGAACCUACCCCGCCUCCCUCCCUCCAGCAGCGAGGGGCAGAGGCGGGAGCAGGGGGCGUUCAGCAACAAGCAGGAAAGCCACCUUUCCGGCCCCCGUCGACCUGGGCUGAAGUCUACAAUGCUUUCCACGACCACUAUCUGCCGGCGGAUGGUAUCGCACGGACAUCAGACACACUAUUUUCUCUUAGCCAAGCUGCGGACGAAUCCGUCCCGACGCUGGUCCAGCGACAAAUGGGCCUGACCAAUCACUUGAGCCGGUUAAUUGAAGCCAACGGGGGGCAGACAACUUUUUGGGAAGCAAUUAUGAUACGGUUGUUCGAGAGAGCGCUCCGCGCCGACCUGCAGCGGCUUCAGCACGCGGAGCCUCCGUGCCCGACUUUCCAGGAAAGUGUGGACCGUGCAGAUCGUAACGCUCUAAGACUGGAGAAGGAGAAGAGUAAGAGAAGGAAUGACGCUGGCGAAGGAGGUGGCGGUGGAGAGCGUCCGCCAGAGGACAAUCGGCUUCACCACGGCACGAGACCGCAGGACAGCAGCAGCAGUGGUGCGGGAGAGGGGAAGGAAGGUGUGCAAAGUUCAGGUGGUUUGAAAGCACCAGCGCUUGUCCGGUCUUCUUCAUCGUCGGCCAGGGGUCCGCUGACCGUGUCGGGUACUGGUGAAGACGUGGCUCCUGUUGUGGGGGGCUUCCUGCCCCCACACCGGAAGAGAGAGAAUGAUGCUGGUGGAGGAGGCGCAGGAGAGGGACGUGGGGGUGAUCGACUUCAGCACGGUAGUAAAACGCAGCGUAGCAGUGACGUAGGAGAUGGGAAGGAAGUGGUGCACGGCUGGGGUGGCUUGAAGGGGGCAGCGCAUGCCCGGUCUUCUUCUUCUUCUUCUGUGGUCAGGGGUCAGCUCACCGUGCCAGGUGGCGUUGAAAGCGAAGCUGUUCCUGUGGGGGGCUUCCAAACCAGACACGGGAGAAGUGCAGACCGAAACGACGGUGGAGACCGGGAAAGGGUCGAGAGCAUCUUGUCUGACGAUGGGUCCCGAUCCACCCCUGCGUGGCAAGAUGAGCCGGAAGAACACGUAGUGCCUGGGGGGUCUGGGGAGUGGGGCGAUGGUGGUGAGGUCAAACAAGAUCGUAGCCGUGGGUCGCGAGGCAAGAAGAAGUCUCAGAAACGAACGCGGGAUUGGCAAGAAGGCCAGGGCCGCAAGCGGGACAAGCAAGAAGACCAGGCCCCUUCACGGGACAGCCAAGAAGACCAGAACCGCACGCGGGACAGGCAAGAAGGCCAGCAUGCCCGUGCCCAGCAUCGUCCAUCCCAACCCCACCGGCGGCGGCAGCCAGAUCCCGACAACAUACCGCCGUGCACCAAUCCAGGGUGCAAGGCGAGGCGGAAAACUCAUUCUUCGAACAUCUGUUUCUACCACCCAGACCCAGCACAUGCUCGACGAAACCGGAUGAGAAGGAAAGACAUAUUCUUGAAGAACCAUGCUGUGGAGGACGCGGGUAACGACGCGGGUAACUGGCCCCACAACAAUUUCGACAAACUUGAGUUCUAGGGGGCGCUGGAUCACCUCUACUGAACUUAAGUUUGGCAGGAUAAAGGAUGGCCGUAGGCGCUAGUCGGGCAAUUUAAUCUGAAACAAGAGGGCGUGGGUGAAAGGUCGAGGCGGCUUCGCAACUUCCAGCACGGGUUGGUUGAAGACCCAUCGGGAGUCACCCUGAUAUCCGCAUAAGCACGGUGCUUCGUGCAUGCAUUUGUCGAAGGAGUAGUUGAAGGUCAACCGCUACUCAAAUGGCCGACACGUAGAGACAAGAGGACGACGUAAAGGAUGGUGGCCAGCUUGCCGACGUCAAAGCAGUGUUAUUGGACCCAUGUACCAAAAGAGGCAAUUGAAGAGAUUUCCAACAUGUACCUGGACCGUUGUGCGCCAGAGAGAACCCUAUGAUUGCGGUAUCGCAGAGACUUGGGGUCAAGGUCUGAUGACCUCAAUAAUGAGCCCUAGCGGGAGAUGCACUUGUCACAAGUGCAACAGCUCAAAGUUGUCUUCGCUGGGUACCGUGCUCCCUUCAACGGGUUGGAAUAUUUACGUUGCGAAGUCUAACGGCAUGCCCGCCGUUGUCAUUACGAGCAGGGUCAGGGACCAUAGCGUUACAUAAGUUUCGCACGCCCCUGAGCCUUGUGGUGGUACCCCACUUCCCGUGUUGUCGGAUGUGCUUCGUAUAGAGGUGGGACAAUUCUACCGAACGUUUAUUGACGUGGUUGAUCUGAAGAAACCGCUUUUGUAUUUGUAGCCCUCGGAAGCACCGGCUGCCUUACAGGCAGCUAUGCUUUGCAUUGUGAAUUACUGCGCAGACAUAUGUAUGCAUGCAUAG